AAGGUGAAUAGGGGUGAGUAUUAUGAAUUUUUAGGUAUGUUUUAGCUUAGCAUCACCCCCACAAAACGGGCACCUAAUUUUCUUUUUCUCCAAGUUGCUAGCUUUAACAGUUUACGUUCUAAUUAUUCUUCGAUUCUCAACAUUUCUUAGCUUAAAACCCUAAACCCUCAAUUCAUCCAUUUUCUAAAUAAAACCCUAACCAGAGUCUUCCUCUCUUUCUCUAUCCUCUAACAAUGACAUCUUGGUUCAAUCCUUUCUCCACAUCUCGUCCUUCUCAGCCGGAAAAUGACGUCAAAUCUGAUAAACAAGCUUCUCCGGCGCCGGCGAAUGAUACUGCCGACGAAGAACCUGUUGUCAGUUCUUCGGGAUUUGACCAUGAUAAGUUGGUUCAAGCCGCUGAAGCAAUUAAGAAAAUGAACAAUUCUAAGUUAAAGAAUGAGUUACAUGAGCUUAUGAGGCUGCAAGAGAAAACGAGAUUGGUUGAAGUGGAAUCUGAGAAGGCUAUGAUGAAGGCACAUCAAGUUAAACUUGAUAUUGAUCGGACACUAAAAUUGGCUGAAGAACAGAGAGAAUUGUAUCAACAACAGUCCCAGGUGAAUGCGCAAAUGUUGCGUCAAGAAGAUGAGUUGGCCAGAAAAAGAAUGCAGCACGAACAUGAAAAUCAAAGGAGGAAUAAUGCUGAGCUGGUUAAAAUGCAAGAGCAAUCUGCCUGGCGUCAAGAACAAGCGAAGCGCUCCACCGAGGAGCAAAUUCAGGCUCAAUUGCGUCUAACUGAGAAAGAAAGAGCUAAACUAGAGCAGGAGACUGCACGGGUGCAGGCCAUAGCGGAAGCUGAAGCUCGUGCUCAUGAAGCAAAAUUGACUGAGGAGCAGAAUAAGAGAAUGCUCAUUGAUACUUUGAAUGGUGAAAAAGAGAAGUGGCUUGCUGCAAUCAAUACAACAUUUAGUCAUAUUGAAGGGGGUGUUAAGGAGUUAUUUAAUGAUAGAAGGAAGUUAUAUAUGACUGUUGGUGGUGUCACUGCUCUGGCUGCAGGAGUCUAUACAACUAGAGAAGGUGCUAAAGUUGGUUGGAGCUACAUUAAUCGCAUACUAGGUCAACCAUCCUUGAUCCGAGAGUCAUCGAUGUCGAAGUUUCCUUGGUCAGUACUUGCUUCACGAGGGAAGCAGAAUUUGUUUAGUCAGGCUCUAGCAGCUAAAACAGCCAAAGCAUCAACACUUCGUUCUGGAUUUGAUAAUGUAGUUCUCCAUCCAUCGUUACAGCGGAGAAUUGAGCAACUUGCACGAGCUACAGCAAAUACCAAAGCUCACGAAGCACCUUUUCGUAACAUGCUGUUCUAUGGGCCUCCAGGCACGGGUAAAACUCUUGUUGCCAGAGAAAUAGCCCGAAAGUCUGGGUUAGAUUAUGCCAUGAUGACUGGAGGAGAUGUUGCACCCUUAGGUUCACAAGCUGUUACCAAGAUUCACGAAAUUUUUGACUGGGCUAAAAACUCGAAGAAAGGCCUACUGCUGUUCAUUGAUGAAGCUGAUGCAUUCCUUUGUGAGCGAAACAGUGUAUACAUGAGUGAAGCUCAAAGAAGUGCUCUCAAUGCGUUGCUUUACCGGACAGGAGAUCAGUCAAGAGACAUAGUUCUUGUGCUUGCCACCAACAGGCCAGGUGAUCUUGAUGCUGCUGUCACUGAUCGGAUAGACGAUGUAAUUGAAUUUCCACUGCCUGGGGAAGAGGAGCGGUACAAGCUGCUGAAGCUCUAUAUGAAUAAGUACCUAUCCGGCAACGUUAGUGAUGACACUGAAUCUAAGUGGGGCCCUGUGUUUAAAAUCAGAAAGAAGCCUAAAAAUAUAACCCUCAAAGAUUUCUCUGAGGAUGUGAUUCGUGAAGCAGCCAGUAAAACGGAAGGAUUUUCUGGUCGAGAGAUAGCAAAGCUCAUGGCUAGUGUUCAAGCAGCUGUUUAUGGGCGACCGGACUGUGUUCUGGACUCUCAACUAUUCAGAGAAAUUGUUGAUUACAAGGUUUCUGAACAUCACCAGAGGAAAAUGAUGUCCGCUGAAGGCAUGCAGUUUGCUUAAAUACGGAGUAGUCAUUUAGGAACGCUCUAGCUAUUCCUUGAGCUUUUUAUAGACGGAAAUUUUCAAAUGAAACUGAUGAUUGUAUACAUAUAUAGUUGUAAAUUCAUUCACAAGGGGAAUAGCUGUCUAUUUAUUUUUGAAAUCUGACUAGUUUAGAUUUUAGAACAUUGAGAGCAUUCUGAAAUCAUGUUCAUAGAGUGCAUGCAAGAAUAACACAACAAAUGUUCUUCACCUUUUCUGUGUUUAGGAAGUGGUUGGAGGCUUCUUUCACAGCCCUUUUCUACAGCCUGUAUUUGUUCGUUUUUUGUAUGUUGCGUUUUAUGAAUUUAGUUUGGCAUUCUUUGGUUUCA